AUGGCGGACUGCCGCGCGCUGGAGGUGGUGCCGCUCAAGGGCGCCAUGACCAACGAGGUGUACCAGGUGUGCUGGCUCACUGCCCCGGCCGAGGCGGGCGCGGGCGCGGGGCCGCUCAAGGAGAGAGAGGUGAGGAAGGUGUUGGUGCGGAUUUACGACGACGGCGUCGACCUCUUCUUCGACCGCGAGGACGAGCUGCGCACCUUCGAGUGCAUGUCCCGCCAUGACCAGGGCCCCCGCCUACUCGGCCGCUUCCCCAACGGCCGCGUCGAGGAGUUCAUCCACGCACAGGUAGGUGCAUAUCAUGUCUAA